AUGUCUGCAACGCUUUUCUCCUCAAAAUCACAAAAAUCAGUGAGGAACUACAGAAAACUCCUGAUCUCCUCGCCUUUGCACGUGUCCCCUCCGACUGCGCUGCUGCCCACUUUCAGCUUGAACCGAACUCCGGGUUGGACAGUGGUUCUUAGGGCAAAAUACAGCUUUGAGGCGCUGUGCAAACCCGAACUAUCGCUCCACCGUGGAGAUCACGUGAGGUUGCUUGAGCGGCCUGGAAAUGGCUGGUUGAAGGUGCAGCGUAUUCAUGAAAUCGGCGAAGGUUUGGUGCCGGCACUGUACCUUGAAAUUACCGUCAAUGACCCGGAGAAUCCUGUCUCGCUGGAAUGGCUCAAUGACUACCAGGCCCCGUCUUCCAUGCGCAAUCGCGUGGCGCAUGUCAAGGUCAGAUGUGCAUACCUCAGCAACAGCAAUAAUUUUUGGUAUCGCAUGGACGUCACAUUCAAUUCACAGCGCCAGGCAUAUUGUGCCAUGUUUUACGAGGACUUUGUGUCGUUGCACGCGCUAUAUGGCUCCACUGCCCUGGCCGGCGUGUUUCAAAUCGAGCUUCCCAAAAACACCCCGGCAGUAUCUCCAAGGCUUCAGAACACCAUGCGGAGUGAGGCUGCGGCACAUGCACAGACACCCAUGGUUGCGAGUUUGGACAAAUUCGUCCAGAGCUUGCUUCGCUUUGCACAGUGCCAUUCCAGCAAUUUCCUUGGCGACUACAUCGAUAAUCACUGCACGCGGAAAGUACACGUGAGGAGCGGCGAAACCGUACCUAGUGAUGAGGUGAUUGCCAGCUCUUUGGUAGACGGGUCCAUAAAAAUUUCACUGGAAGGCAGAUUUGCCAGAUACAAAUCGUUUUCGCCCACCGCUCCCCUCCCGCCUGUCCAGGGGGAGCCCAUAGGUCGCGCUGAUACCUUGACGUAUGCGCCAAAUGCACCCUACCUGGCCUCCAACAUGAAAUAUCUGUCGUAA